AUUCCUGUUGGUUUGAAUCAGGGUAAAAGAGUGUUUGAAUCAGACUGAUCGUGAACUGUAUCAGAAGAGAAACUACGAUACCCUGAGACGAUUUCAUGUUAGUUACUAACUCCAAUCUGAUAUUUAGCCUGCAUGACCUGUUAAGAAGAACAACUUCAAGGCACCUUUUGGGUAUUUCUCGAGAUUUAUUUCAUCCAGUUCGAGGGAAAAUGUCUUACAACGCCGUGGAAACACUGGAUUCGCCCGAGUUCAAAAAUGUUCUCUCUCCAGAAUUACUCACUGUUGCAGAACCAUUUCUACAGAACGGAUACGACGUUAGAAUAGUCGGUGGAGCAGUUCGCGACAUUCUUUUGGGAAUACAACCGAAGGACGUUGACCUUGGAACAAAUGCUACCCCGGAAAAGAUGAUUCACUUGUUCAAACAACACAAUAUACAUUUCAUUGAGACCGGCCUAAGCCACGGAACUAUCACAGCUCAUGUUAACAAGCAAGAUUUUGAAGUGACGACUUUGCGAACUGAUGCUGAAACGGAUGGUAGACAUGCAAAAGUAGAUUUUACCCAAAACUGGAAAUUAGAUGCAGAGAGGCGAGACCUUACUUUUAAUGCCAUGAGUUUGGGACUAGACGGUAGUUUGUAUGACUAUUUUGGCGGAAGGGAAGAUCUGUUCAACCGUCGUGUCAGAUUUGUAGGCGAUCCACAGUUGCGAAUAAAGGAGGAUUACCUACGAAUUCUGAGAUAUUUUCGUUUUUAUGGAAGAAUAGCUUUAAAAGAAGACAACCAUGACCAAACAACCUUGAAUGCCAUACGGCAAUGCGCAGAGGGAUUGAAAAAGAUUGCUGUUGAACGAAUUUGGAUAGAAGUCUCAAAAAUUUUGACUGGAAAUUACACACCAAGUAUUUUGCGCCAUAUGUAUGAGCUUAAUGUUUCUCAGUGCAUUGGUUUGCCUACUUAUUCUAAAGAGAGCAUGCAGGAGUUGACAAGGGCAUGGAGGGAACAUAACAUCCAUCCACUUCAACCUGAAACUCUACUUUGUUCCCUUGUCAACAAUGCACAGGAGGCUGAAGACCUUGCAAGGCAGUGGAAACUUUCUAAUGCAGAGAAAGCCUUGGGCAAAUUUGUAACUGAACACAGAAUACCCAAGCCUCACGAGCAUGUUCUUAAGCCAUACCAAGACAUAAUAGUAUCAGCACCUAAUGAGAAAGUAAGAAGUUUGAUUAAAAGUCAUGUUUUGGAACUCUUACACUACCAGGGAAAACAUGAUCAUGCACAGGAAAUAAACACAUGGUGCAUUCCAGUGUUUCCCAUUACUGGUGGACACUUGAAAAAGCUGGGAGUCAAGCCUGGACCAGAGUUUGGAAAAAUCCUUGGAAAGCUAAAAGAGAUCUGGAAGGAAAGUUAUUAUACUGCUAGUGAAGCAGAUUUGCUAGAGAAGGCUAAAUCGCUUAAAACAGGAUAAUUAUUGAUCACUUGUUGGUCAGUUAUCAAGCACGAAUUAAUAUCAAUCACUGUAUGUAAAGAUGGUUAGGGACCUAAAUUCAAUUGUGAUCUUGCUCCGAUUCUGAACAUUUCAUCAGAGUUUUUCUGGCAUUUCUAGUCAUGUAGAAAUGACUAAUCUUUUAACUGAGAUAAUGAUUGAAAACCUAUGAUUGAACACGAACAUUUUUGGUAUUUGAUAACUAUGGAAAGUGAAUUUCUUUGAGAGAUCAAAGCAUUUUACAUGGCCCUCACUGAUAAUAUUUUUAUGACUGAAGUGGCUGUUUUAAAAUUUGUGUAUGAAUUCAGACUUGUACAUAGUUGUCUUCAUGUUUCUAUGUAUGUGCAAUUUGAAAUGAUAAGAGAGUACAUCACAAAUUAAAAUGAAGUUGAAAGUUGA